AUGAGUUCCGAACCCACACGAGUCGCGCUGAGCGUCAUCCUCCCGGUGUACAAUGCGAUGCCGUGGCUGACGGUCGCGCUUCGGGACAUGCUCAAGCAGCAGCUUCCUGGCGGUGCGAGCCUCGAGGUCCUCGCAGCCUUUGACGGCGGCGACGACGGCUCGCUCGGCUUCCUCCUCGCCCUCGCCAACGAGCUCGGCGCGCGCGCGACCGACGAGCUCUCCACCGCUGGCGGCGCCGCGCCCGCCUCGAACCCCGCGCUGCUGCAGCCGCUGCGAGCGCCCGAGACGGAGGACCACCCGUCGUUCGACGCGGCGCAGCCGGGAGUGGACCAGCGGCCGCUGAGCGCGGCUGAGGUCGCCGCCGCGAGCCGCCCCGAGCACCGGCUGCGCGUGCUGCGCUACCGCGACGGUGCCAACCGCGGGCAAGGCGCCGCCAUGUCGCUCGCGCUGGCGCAUGCCCGCGCGCCUCUCCUCGCGCAGAUGGAGUCGGACGACGAGCGGCGGCCGGCGGACGCGUUCGCGCGGAUGCUGGCCGCGCUGCAGGCCCAGCCUACGUGGGAUGCCGUCAGCUGCCAGGCAGAGCUGGUUGGGUGGCCGAGGCCGGGCAUGGAGCAGUACGUCGCGUGGCAAGGCCCCCGAGAUGCGGAUACAGACUGCUUGCAAAACUCUCUCCUCUCGCCCGAGCAGAUGGCGGCGGGGCGGUUCGCGCUCCACCAGACGGCAAUCUUCCGGCGCGAGGCCGUCGAGGAGGUGUGGUCCACCGGACACACCCUCGGCGCUUGGGAGAAGGAGCUUCGCGCCGCCGGCGCGUCGGACGUGCUGGCGGUGUCCUGGAAGCCAGGCGCACCGCCGCCCGAGGGGUGGCGCCGGCUCACCAAGCGCAAGGCGGCCGCCGAGGAGCCCGGCGGACGGCACGGCGUCGUGCGCCUCUUUGCCUUUGGCAAGGAGAAGGCGCGGGAGAAGGUGCGGACGUCGGUGCGCGACUGGGACGCGCAGCUAGACUGGUUCGUGGCGUGA